UUGAUCAAUUCAUCAAAAUUUCAAUGCAAGUCCCGGCAGGAUAUCUCUCUACUAUGGCAAGAUGAAUUCGACAAGUUAAAUACAAUCCAACUCCAAAUUUGUCAAUACUCCAUUCCCUCCACGGAAGUCUCUCUUCCACAACGUGACCCCAACCUCAACCUCAACAUCCCGAGCGACGCAUUUGAGACGGCCGUUCGUGCAAAGACCGCUCGCGAGCUCGAAUGUCCCGACAUUGUCGACAUCCUCGCUGCUGCAGCCUGCAACCUCGUCAGCAUGGUUGGUGGCCCCGUUUAUUGUGUCCGACUUGGCCGGCAAGACAGGCUGUUUUCCGACGCUUCCUGUGUGGACCCCAACCUCCAGAAGCCGACCAUGCCCAUCUCUCAGGCCAUUGCCUUAGUUGUCUCCAGAGGGUACACGGUCUAA